AUGCCUCCACGCCCUCGCCCCUCCGCUCGUCUCUCGAGCGAAGCACCCUCCGAAACCUCCUCCUCGACUUCCCCGGAACGCGCUGCAGACGAUGAUACUGAUUUCUUCAUGGCUCAAGCCAACGACUCCCAGUCGUCGAUUGGUGUCGCUACCUUCCGCGACCUCCACGUGCACGCGACUCGAUCUGCCCCGGUGCCACCGAUCGGCCGCCUCCCUCCCGAGAUCUUGAUCGCAAUCUUCUCCAAGCUUGCGUCGCCAGUCGACAUGUUAAACUGCAUGUUGGUAUGCCGAAACUGGGCUUCUAACAGCGUUGGGAUUCUAUGGCAUCGCCCUUCGUGCAAUAACUGGGACAACCUAAAGAGCGUUGCGUCAUCCGUGGGGCAGCCCGAUAGCCUCUUCGCCUAUGCGGAUCUCAUCAAGCGGCUCAAUCUAUCCGCGUUGACUGAGGACGUCAGUGAUGGCACGGUGGUCCCCUUUACACAGUGCAAGCGAGUGGAGCGGUUGACAUUAACAAACUGCUCGAAACUUACGGAUAAAGGCGUGUCAGAUCUGGUGGAGGGCAACCGACAUCUCCAAGCACUGGAUGUUUCUGACCUCCGAUCCUUGACCGAUCACACUCUCUACACAGUGGCAAGGAAUUGUCCGCGUCUGCAAGGCUUGAAUAUCACGGGAUGUUCCAAAGUCACGGAUGAUUCGCUGCUGGUUGUCUCGCAGAAUUGCCGUCACAUUAAAAGACUAAAACUGAACGGUGUGUCGAACGUUACUGAUCGGUCGAUCCUAUCGUUUGCAGAGAACUGUCCAGCAAUCCUGGAGAUUGACUUGCAUGACUGCAAGCUGGUGACUAGCCCCUCAGUUACAGCGCUGCUUACUACGCUACGUCAUCUAAGGGAGCUCCGACUGGCACACUGCACGGAGAUCAAUGAUUCGGCAUUCCUCAACCUGCCCGAACGAAUGACAUUUGAUAGCCUGCGCAUUCUCGAUUUGACGGCCUGUGAAAAUGUCAAAGAUGACGCCGUUGAGCGGAUCGUGAGCGCUGCUCCUCGUCUCCGAAACCUGGUAUUGGCCAAGUGCCGCUUCAUCACGGAUCGCUCGGUCUCUGCCAUUUGCAAACUGGGCAAGAAUCUUCAUUACGUUCAUCUGGGCCAUUGCUCAAACAUCACCGACGGCGCGGUCAUUCAACUGAUCAAGUCUUGUAACCGCAUUCGCUACAUCGAUUUGGCUUGCUGCAACCGCUUGACCGAUCUCAGUGUACAGCAGCUGGCUACUUUGCCGAAGCUUCGCCGUAUUGGCCUGGUCAAAUGCCAAGCUAUCACCAACCAAAGUAUUCUUGCUCUGGCCCACCCUCCUAGAGCCAAUCACCCGAUGGUCAGCAACCUGGAGCGGGUUCAUCUCAGUUACUGUGUCGGCCUGGACAUGAAGGGAAUUCGUCCUCUGAUCAAUAACUGCCCACGCCUUACACACUUGAGCUUGACUGGCGUGCAAGCAUUCCUUCGGGAAAACCUGACGGCGUUCUGUCGGGAAGCUCCACCAGAGUUCACCCAACAGCAAAGAGACGUCUUUUGUGUUUUCAGCGGCGAAGGCGUGACUCGCCUUCGCGAUUACCUGAACCGUGAAUUUUCGCCCCAUCCCGAAGAAACCGAAGCCACCAUGUACGACGAUGACGACGAACUGGACGAAGACGAGGGACGGAUGACCGGUCUGAUGCAUGCCACGGGCAUCAACGACGAAGAAUACAUGGAUGUCCCCUCUCAAUGA